CGGCGGCGGCGGCGGCGACGGCGACGGAGCGGAGGUCCGCAACUCCGCACGCGCUCCGGCUUCACUCCUCUCAGCUCUCAGUUGGACGCACGCUCGCGUCGUCGGUAGCUCGUGCGUCGUCGGUUCCGCGCGCGCGGCACCGCGAGGCACAACACGUCCACCACCCGCACGUAAGCGCGCACCCCCGGCGCGGCACGGGGCUCGCACCCUCCCCCUGCAAGGUGGAGUAGCGUCUCGGGCGGCAAAAUGGCGGCCGCGGUAAGAAACAAAUGAUCGGGGUUGGCGAACGGCGGUGCUGAGAGACAGCAGACGCGUCGAGGCCGAGACGAGCCGAGUCAGCCUCUUCGGCGGCGGCGACGACGACGACGACGACGACGACGACGACGACGACGGCAUCUCCCGAACGCGAGCGACCGCGCGGGGCGUAAUAUCGGGCGAGGGCGGAAAAUCCGCGCGCGCGGGCGACGCGCGCGUCCCACCCCCGAGGGACGACCCUCGGUGGCGGAGGAUCGCCCUGACAUCCCAGUCACGAGGGUGACCACACGAGGGAGGCUCGUCGCGGGACGCUGGUCGCGUGCGGGCCCGUUGACGUGCGAGCGUGAUUCGAUCAUCGAUCACGGAGAGGAGAAACGAAGAAUGCUCGCGGAGGAGGUGACGCGGAAUCCAACGACGACGACGACGACGACGACCGCGAGGCACAGAGUCUGCGGGACUGCUGCUGCGGGAAACGCUGGUGGUGCCGGUUCGAUAGAUUGAUGGACCUGUCGGGAGUCCCGGUCGCGUCGCAGCAACCAUGCAUCUGCAUUUCGAGAAGAACAACAACGCCAAGUGCGACUGCAACAUCCUGUCGCUCAGCUGGAUGGGAAAAGUACCGGACGAGUCGCCGGAGGACGAAGGAUGGCAGCUCGAUCGUAUAAAUUACUACCAGGAAGGAUGGUUAGCCACCGGCAACGCCCGCGGCUUGGUAGGAGUGACUUUUACCACGUCGCAUUGUCGCACCAGAGCCGCGGAACUUCCACUCAGGGCGAAUUACAACCUCCGAGGGCACCGUAGCGAAGUAAUACUUGUCAAAUGGAACGAGCCGUAUCAAAAGUUAGCCUCGUGCGACAGUUCGGGUGUUAUCUUCGUUUGGAUCAAAUACGACGGACGAUGGAGUAUAGAAUUAAUCAACGACAGAAACACACCUGUUACGCACUUCUCCUGGUCCCACGACGGCCGCAUGGCUCUUAUAUGUUACAGGGAUGGCUUCGUAUUGGUCGGCAGCGUCGCCGGUCAAAGGUACUGGUCGUCAAUGCUCAACGACAAGGCGACGAUAACUUGCGGUAUUUGGACUCCGGACGAUCAGCAGGUCUAUUUCGGAACGACCGCGGGCCAGCUGAUCGUGAUGGACGUUCACGGAGCCAUGGUUUCGGAGGUGCAAUUAGCGGCCGGGGUUACGUCGAUGGCCUGGAGCGCCGAGAAGUUCACGAUGGAGGAGGAUGAAACGUGCGACCGAUCUCAGAAAGAUGACCGGAACUACGUGCUGGCCGUCUGCCUCGCCGACGGCAACAUCGUCAUGCUACGGUCGUUCGAUGACGUGUCGCCGAUUACGAUACGCAGCAAUCUGAAGCCGCCCUUGCACGCCGAAUGGAGCAACUCCAGGAAGCUGCUGGCCAUCGCCGGCACGAAGGAGCCGUCCGACCAGGGCGGCAGCUCGCAGGAGUACACGAACCUCCUAAAGUUUUACUCGGUCAACGGUACCCUCGUAUACACGACGGAGAUUCCGUACACGCAAUGUCCUGUAUCGGCGUUGACAUGGGGGCACAAUGACAGGCGGCUCUUCGUGGCGACCGGAGCGCGCGUCCACGCCGCAUGGGUCUCAAGAAGGGUCGGCUCGCUCCAACUGUUAUCGAGACUGGCGGUGAGAGCGGCACUCACCAGGGAAUCAAGUGUUCAACAUCUUCCAUUACCGCCGCGACUGAGAGCCUCGGUGGCCGCCCUUUUCGCUAACACGAUACGGUGCUCGGUGCCGGAACCGAGAGAGCUGCGGCGGUUCGUGUCAAGGCCGCCGCCGGGAGGCAGUCGAUUGCACUGCACCAUGCUCAGGCACGCCGUGGAGCCCGUGCCGUGCUACACGCUGUACCUGGAGUACCUGGGCGGUCUCGUGCCACUACUCAAAGGCAGACGGACCAGCAAGAUCCGACCGGAGUUCGUGAUAUUCGAUCCGCAGAACCAGGAGACCCUGCAGGUGUACGACGACCUGUCGCAGUGCCCCUCGUACAGCGAUGGCUCGGACACCGAGAAGGACACCGCGGAUUUGUGCGGCUCGCCCCGCUACAGGAAAAAGAACAGGAAAAAAAGGGAGGAGAGGACGAGCGACGAGGCGACGGACCGGGACGAAAGACCGAACGAUCUCUCCUAUGUUGAUACGUUGCCAGAGCACGCGAGGCUGGUCGAGGUAACGUCGAACAUCUGGGGCACGAAAUUCAAGUUUCACGGCUUGGCAGAUUCGGUUCCCGCUAACCUAGGUCAGGUAACAUAUCGAACGUCGUUGCUGCACCUACAACCCAGGCAAAUGACGCUCGUGAUGACGGAGCUCAGGGACGAUCUGCCCUCCGGUCCAGAUCCGACGUUCAAUCCGAAUCUGUUCUCCGAGGACGAGGAGGAGCCGUACCAGGAGGCAAACUCGCGAGUCACUCCGGAGGCGCAGGCGCCGCCGAUCGCGCCGAUGACUCCCCGUAACGCCCGACUGAACCAUCCGAAUCGACCAAAGUCUCAAAUCUCGAAUCAGUUUAUGACGUCGGAGACGUCGCUGGGGAAAAUCGAGAGCUACGAGAGCGAGUACGUUCCUUACGUGGACCUUCAGGACAUGGGCAAUCUGUACGAGAACAUCAGAAACGCACCGACGAACACCUAUCGGACACCGCCGAGACACAACCCGCCCAGGUGCUGCGACGUGCCAGCCCUGCAGUCGCCGAAAAACGCGGUCGCGCCCACGCAGACGUUAAUAGCGACUUCGAACGCGGGUGCCGAUUACGCCAGCAGCAUUCAGAGGAUGAAGAACGCUCUCGCGGAUCAGCAAACGGCGACGAAGAAGGAACUGGAGAACAACAAGCUCAAUCAAAUCUCGCAGGACGACAAAGCGUGCCUGACGUCGGCCUGCGCGACGAACAUCAUUUCCGUGUCGAUGCAAAACGGCCAGGCCUUGAACGCGGAGGCGUCGAGCAGCGGUCGGUACAUCUCCCAAGGCCCGGUUGCGAACGGCCUGGAGAGCGUCGACUGCGCCUCGGCGCAGACCGUUUAUCUGAACGGUCUAAACAACACGGGGUGCGCGAGCAACGUUCCUACCGCACCGCAUCCCGUCAGCGGCGUCCAAACCACGAUGUCGCCGAGCGCUCAUAAUUUUGUACAUAGUAAGAAUAAUCAAAAUACCGGGGCGAAUAGUACGACAGCCGGCAAUACGACGUCCUCGAAUACCUCUCAGCCCGGUCAAGCCUCGAGUCUAGUUCUUAACAAGAACGGCAUACACGGAGUUGUUUCGCCGGCGUGUUCCUAUCAAUUCCCGGAGAAUAUCGAUCAGUGCUUCGGGUCGUCGUGCUCGCAGUGUUUCUCGAAGCACAAGGACCCCAAGUGCCACGUGUGCUACGGGAAGACGAAUCCCGGCGGUUACGUGAACGCCGGUGCUCUCGUUAACAUCAAGCUCGAGGAGGAUUUGAUGCGAUUCAGCGACGACGAGGCGCGCGAAUAUGCGUCGGUAGAGACGUCGGAACAGUUGCGGGGCGUUCACAGAACCCCGACGGUCAUCAGCAUCGGUCCGAUGUGCUCGAACGACUCGAUAGUUCGGAGCUGCAGCGUCGGCUACCUGGACCUGGUGGACGCCCAGUUAGUACCGUGCGACGUCGCCCUGCGAAUGCUGCGCAGAGACGCGCCGAACAAGAGGCUGGUGCUGGUGUCGCGGAAAACGAAACGGCGGAAAAAGGCCAAACCUCAGCACGACGUGAGUCAGCCGAACUCGAAUAAGCCGCCCAGACUCCGCAACUGCGGCAAGUCCAAAAGUCUCGAUUCCAGCGAUAUAUUCCCGAGUAACGAGCAGAUAUCCUCUCCGCCGAAGCUGCCGGAACAUGUGGAGGAGGCUGCGGGGCCGAUCAGUUCCGACGUUACCGAGGACGGCGUAGCGAAACGCAACGAGCCGACGGAAUCGCCGAAAGAUGAAACGCCCGAGGUCGUCGACAAACGCGAGGAGUGUAACGAGACUAACGUUGUAGUUCGCGAGGCUUAUACUAGGAAAAAACCGGUCCGAUUAGAGGCUGCUGCGUCUCCCGUCAAAGGAUCGAGCCCGAGUGGAUCGUUCGCCUCUUCGCUCGACGGUCUCGCCGCGAGACUUCGCGAUUUCGAGGAUAAUCAUUCUCUGCCACCUCCUUCCCCUCGACCGUCGUCAAGACUGCCGAGGAGUUCACCUAGCAGCCCAGCACCAUCUAAGAAAGGCAAAAGACCGGCAUCGGCCUCUCCAAUCCGAAGAAAACUCUUGUCGAGUCCGUUGCUCAACAGAAGGAUGAGGAAGAGUCGCGGCGAGAGCUCGGACGAGGAAGGACUCCUCCAAGAUGAUUCGUCGACGGCGAGUUACCGGGACCUAGAAACGUUCCAGAAAGCUCAGCUACGUCAGAAGCUCAAGCAGAGAGGAAUGGGAAUUUCGGGCUCCAAACCGGAAGCGAUAAGGCGCGAUGCACAAUUGGUGAUGCACAACAAAGCGCCGAUGUGGAACGAGUCCAGUCAAGUGUACCAGCUUGAUUUCGGCGGCAGAGUGACUCAAGAAAGCGCCAAGAACUUUCAAAUAGAAUUCAGGGGCAGGCAGGUGAUGCAAUUCGGUAGAAUAGACGGCAACGCGUACACGUUGGAUUUCCAGUAUCCGUUCAGCGCUUUGCAGGCGUUCGCCGUCGCCCUGGCGAAUGUCACGCAACGGCUUAAGUAACUGUCACUCUCCGCCAACACGUCUAAAUUACAUAGUGAAGAAUGUUGAGAAGCUGCGAGAUGCCUGGCGUUUGUGUAGGCGUGCGUUUUUAAGGGGUUUCGAGGAACCGGAAAGGGCUCGUGCCACAAUGAGCCGGCAUGAAAGUUCGCAAGACGUUUUUGGUCAAGACACUUCGUUCGCCAGUCGCGAAACGUCCGGUGGACAUUCUUUUUUUUUUUUGACGCCGAUCGACUCGCGCGAUUUUUAACCGCGUGUCGAUCCUACUGCGGCGGAGGGGAUUGCGCAAGUCGGAAAUCGCUGGCGUUUCUUUUGCCCUCCCAGAGACGGCCGGGCAAGUCGAUGUGCAAUACGAGGAGCUAACUUGAGAUACGCGCUGAUUCGCGAGUGCAGUUGCGAGCGAUUUGAAUUUGAGUGGAACACAAAGAUUUUGCGGCAGCUAUGUAACGUUUCGUUAAACGCUUCUUCGUCGUAAGUACCGUCCAAAAUAUUUCGUUUCUCCCAACUUCGAGCGCUCAUUUUUGUAUAGUUUAUGCGACACGUUGGAGUCUAGUGACGCUGUUAAAGGUUUCACCUCGUUCAUUUUUGCGGUCCGCCGGGUGUGCAUUCGAAUUUUAUAUACAUAUACUAUAUAUAUUGACAGACUCGCACGACUGCGGGCGACAGUUUCAUGUUGUUCAAUUAAAUGUUUCUUAACGCGUAUGGUAAAAAAAAGUAACGAUAAUAAUGGUAACGAUAAUGCUAACGAUAAUAAUAUUAAUAAUAAUAACGAUAAAAAAAUAAGAGUAACGAUAGUAACGUAACAUUUGACGUCCGGCCUGCAAUGUGGUCUUUGCCAUUAAUUGAGAUAACAGGACAGACUUAAUCCUAAGGAGAGGGAUCGAAAGGUCUGAGCGAAAGGUAAUGCACGUGUACAUGCGAGUGUAUGCAGCGAGAUAAACGUCGUCUGUAAUAAACCUAAUCCUAGUCGCACGAUCACCGUGGUGCUCACUUCGUCGAGUCUGUGUUGCGAACGCGAUCGAUGUUAGGCCUAUAUUUUAGACACGAAGUGCUGCUACCAGCGAUAAAACACGUCGCGUCGAGUUCCGCGACGAGAGGGGCGUCAGAAAUAAGGAGAACGUAAUACUUAACUUUUAUAAUUAAAAGAUGUAGUAAAGUAAACGUCCCAGUGACCGGACAUGUACCUCUAUCCGGACACUUCCACACAAAAACUUAAUAUUAAUCUCAAAUGUUCUUUUUUCAAUAAUAAUAAAAUUGAAUUAUAAUCUUGAAUAUUUAAAGAUUACAAUUAAAUUGUAAUAUUAUAGUACUUGAGAUUAAUAAUAAUAAAUUUUGUGUAAGUGUUCGGAUGUAGGUACAUGUCCGGCCACUGUAACGUUUACCUCAUAUGCAGCAAAGAUUUUAUCUUCCUCGUUGUUACGUACAUACGUCAGCAUAAUACUGAUCUUCGAGAGAGAUCAACCGUGCAAAUUUCAGAAUCGCGUAAUUCGCGACGGAGAUUCAAGGCUCCCUUACGCAAUUUGUUUUCCGAUGCAAAUCGAGACUCCGUAAGCAGAUCGAGACUCACUUUAGAUGCCUUUGUACUACAGCCGUGAUCGCGAACACUUGAGUACUCAAGUAUCCAAAUACUCUAGUAUUCGAGUAUUUGCUUGCUAUUCGAAUUGUGCGAAUAAUUCCGACUACUUAGAUACACAGAGUAGAUAUGGUUUGAGUAUCUGAGUAUUCGAAUAUUGUCCGUACACGUUUCUAAAUAGAUGAGUAUCCCGGUGUCUCGUUGCCAAUCUAUCGGCUCUACUUUACGCGUACACCAAGUUACGCGUUUCGAAUUCACGCUGCAUUCGUCAUGUUCGUGACGCCCCGCUCUCGCGAGCGGUAUUAACGACAGCCUUUUGUAGAAUCAUUCUCGCAAGCUAGUAAAUACAGAAGUCGAAGACACAGAACGGUAGAUCGUGCGAUUAAUCCGUUUUUUCUAGUCGCCCCUACUGUUAUUAUUCUUACUCUCCCUCCCAGUUUGUAAGCCGCAGCAAAUAAUUGUAAACGUCGAAGGCUACUCUAACGUAAAUGCCACGAAUCGCGAACUCGUGCGGCGACGCAGGCGACUCGCAUCAUCUUCUAAUCGUGUCCGUUGAAACGUUAGACUAUUAGAGAAUGUUGAGACUUUCGCGGAAGUCGCGUGAUUUCCGAUGUUAAAUGGAGCGCCGGAUCGACGGGCACGGGUUCGCGCGUAUGCACUUCGUACAGAGCGAAGGAUUUUGUACUCCAACCGCAGACUUCUCUUUCAUUCGCGAGCGCGCGACGUAUCCGCCGGCGAGAGCUUCUUCUCUUCAUCCGAUUGGAGUAUUUUGUAUACGAAAAAAAAAAAGAAAAAAAAAUGCGCAACAGGCACAGAAAGAGAGACAUGUCUCUCUCUUUCGAACAAAAGGAAAUGGAUGGAAUCGUCGAUUAUUCCCGACGACGACGACGAGAAGCGAAUCCCCUGUAAUCUUCUUGUAAUUCUGGGGAACGGAAAAGUUGGGCACGCGCGCGCGACUGGAAGAUAAUUCCAUUUUUCGCGCUGCACAACACAUUUUCUAUUAGCACUUCAUUUUCGAUGUCGAAUGUAUCUCGUUUGCGCGAGAAUGUUGCAUCCUCAGCCGAGCAAAGCGGACUUGAGUCACGCGAAUAGCAAACGUGGGACAUAACGUUACGUCGAGGCCUCUCCUUGAAUACGCACGAGCAGUAAAUUUAUGCGAAUUGAAGCAGUAAAAUAUGAAUUAUCGCGUGUUUGCGACUACAAUUCGAAACGCAAUCAAAAUUCGCAUAAAAAUACGCGCGCGUCGCGUAGAUUCAAAGCUCAUCGGUGGAUCCAGACUUGGCUGUCAAGGACGAAGAAUCACGAAAAUAUUCAUCAUCGAUGAGCACGAUAUGAAGACCUUUUCCGAUAAAAAAAAAAAAAAAAAAAAAACAUGUCGAGAUAAGUUUAGACUUCGUUUUCACCCAACAAGCGUAAAUUCGUUCCUUGCUUAGCUCUGGAUUCGCCUUACGAUAAUACGAGAACGUGUUUUUUCUAGUCAAAUAAUCGACGCUGUGAUUAUUCGCACGCAUAAAGCGAGACGAGAUAACGCGUGUGAAUUCUCUUUUGUAAAAUCCUCGAGGGAUUUUAUAGCGCACCGUAGUGUAUCGCGCGACGCUUUCAACGCCGGUAAAUAGAGUGCCUACAUUUGCAUUUGACGCCAAAACCGCCUAUUUAACAACACUCAGUGAUUAACAUUCAAGUACCAGCGACGCGAACGGAUGACGUAACGGCCUGGUAUCUCCCGCGGCGCCGCCGCUCGGCGCCGGGGGGCUUUGUCGUUAUUUCCGCGCGUAACUCCACAUUUCAGGUCGCGCCACAUUUCUCCCCCAAGUUACAAUAAUAAAGAGCGAAUGAAAAGAGAAUCGGGAUUUCACGCGAAAUGGACCCAAUUUCACUUGUCUCACCCACACUUCGCAAGGGCAGACACUUAACACGUGACUGAGCUCCAAACUGUUCGGCCUAGCUCUCCUCUAAAUUAAUAAUCCGGAUAUGUUGGAACCCUCUCCUCCUUUUUACGUUGGAUGCUUCAUUUCUCUCCUUUAUCGAUGUGGCAUUUAAAAAAAAAAAUAUAUAUGCUUGAAGAAAGAGAAAGAGGAAGAAAACGCUCUCAUGUAAAUUUCACGACUGAGUACAUCUUAAGGAGACGAUUCCAUACACUGUGUCCGAUUGGGACGGGUUCUCUCGUACGAACGCGAUACGUAUUGUUAAUUCAGUUCUUGCCUUAGUGCUAACGAUAAUUCUGUAUAUGUGCAAUGUAAUUUUGUUACCGAGUACAUUAUACGAUUAUCGACUAUUUGUAAAUAAAGAAGAAAAUUACCACGCGUAAA